GCGGCGGGGCUGAGCGGCCCCGCGCGGUGCGGGCCUUAUGCGGGAGCGCAGCCCGGCGCCGCGGCAGCGCUGCGGGAGGAGGAUGGCGGGGCUGGCUUGGAAGUGGCCGCGCACCCGGCUGCCCGUGGGGGCCAGCGCCCUCGGCGUCUUCGUCCUUUGCUGGCUCUACAUCUUCCCCGUGUACCGGCUGCCCGACGAGAAGGAGAUCGUUCAGGGGGUGCUGCUGCAGCAGGGCAAGGCGUGGAGGAGGAACCACACUGCGGUCGCCGUCUUCAGGAAGCUGCUGGAAGACUGCUGUGACCCUGGGCAGCUCUUUGCGAUGACAAAACAGAACUCCCCAAUGGGAAAGAACCUCUGGUUUGAUGGGGAAUUUUUGUAUUCUUUCACCAUUGACAAUACAACUUACUCGCUAUUCCCACAGGCUACACCCUUCCAGCUGCCACUGAAGAAAUGCUCUGUGGUGGGAAACGGUGGGAUUCUCAAAAAGAGCGGCUGCGGAAAACAAAUAGAUCAAGCGGAUUUUGUCAUGCGGUGCAACCUUCCUCCUCUAUCCAGAGAAUACAGCAAGGAUGUUGGAUUGAAAACCCAGCUGGUGACUGCAAAUCCCAGUAUAAUUCAGAAAAGAUUCCAGAAUCUGCUUUGGUCUCGAAAAGCAUUUGUGGACAGCGUGAAGGUGUAUAAUCACAGUUACAUCUAUAUGCCGGCCUUCUCAAUGAAGACAGGGACGGGCCCCUCCCUGCGUGUCUAUUACACCCUGAAGGACUUCGGUGCCAAGCAGGCGGUGCUUUUCGCCAACCCCAAUUUCCUGCGUGACAUUGGCAAGUUUUGGAAGAGCAAAGGUAUCCAUGCCAAACGACUUUCCACGGGACUUUUCCUAGUCAGUGCUGCCCUUGGUCUCUGUGAAGAAGUAACAAUUUAUGGCUUCUGGCCGUUCUCGGUGGACCUGCAUGGGAAGUUUAUUAGCCACCAUUACUAUGACAAUGUCUUGCCCGAUUCCGGAUUCCAUGCCAUGCCGGAGGAAUUUCUACAGCUCUGGUUCCUUCAUAAAAGUGGUGUACUGAGAAUGCAGCUAGAACAGUGUGAGGACCCUUUAACCCAGUCUUCUGCCUAAGGAUCGUAGCAGUCGGUUUGGGAGAUCCACUAGUUUUUAAUUUCCUUGCUCUCCUACAGAGAGUUCUGAUCUUCUGUUGAUUCUUUUUAAAGGGAAAAUAAUCAUGGAUCUGCAUGGACCGUAAAAAUGCUGCUUGAAAGCCAAAUGGAAUAAGUCCUUAAUGUAUGUUCUAUGGAACUGCGGUGGGGGAAACAAACCUCUCCAUCAAGUCCAUUCAGCAGUAAUGUGAAAAUAAUGUCAGAAGCAACUCAAAUGAACUUUCUGGGUGACGUUUUUAAAUGAUGUAAGAAGGGCAUUAAGGCUCAGAGAGAAAUGGGGCCACCCACAAGCUUUUGCUGACAGUGCCAAAUAUGACUGUCUGUUCAAAGAUCCAUUUCAUUCCAGAUUGGCGCCUCAUAUAACUCUUUUGUUUUGUUUUGUUUUUCCUUCCCUUGUGAGUGUGCUUGUGUGUAGUGGUAAGGGGUGUAGAGGAAAGUGUGUGUAUUGUUAACUUUCUUUGUUUCUUUUUUUCCAUUUUUUGUUUUCCAAUGGAAGAAAGGUGGAAGGUGUGAAAGCCUGAGGAGCUGAGUACCAUCAACUCCUAAGACUUGUGAAUGUGAAGGGUGCUAAGAAUCUGGUAGAAGAAUGUAUUGGGAAUGCCCUGCUACUGAAUAUGGAUGAACCUACCUGUUGUAGGUUUUGUCAGGAUAGUUUGGUCAUUGCACUUAUAUCCAUAUUAAUGCUACCUUAUGGGCAACAGCUGGUUAAGGUAAAUUGGCUUGAAGAUAAAAGUUGUGGUACAAAAACAAAAGUGCAGUGCAACCAGGUUUUAAGUGACCAGCUGCAAGAUUUCCAUAGUGACUUUGGUAGCAGGGAUUGCUCCUUACUUGUUGUGCUGUUUUGCCUUUGGGAUUAGUUCCGUGUUCAUUUGGACUCCAGAUGUUCAGUGACUAUCAAGGGGAUUUGAGGUGUUCAGUGAAAUGCAAGAUAAGAUUCUUCAUGUGCUUCUAACAGAAAAACUGCAGAAAUGAAUGUAAGUGUCAUUUAAAAUCAGUUGAAACUUUGAAAAUCCUUUCUCUUUGUGCUACUAGCUCCUCUUUUCGGAUUGUAACAUUAGCCUUAAAGACUUGUACUUCUGUUGCAAGAUUGUCUCUGGUUAAAGAGAGCCUGAAAAGUAAAACAGCCUUUGGGAGCGCUGAAAAACAAUAUAGCCAGCGAGAAAAAAAUGAAACAAAGCAAACAAACAAAAAAAAACCACCUGAAAAGGCAGGCACUUACGUAAUGCAGCCUUUCUCUUUGCAAUCAGAGAAUUAUGUAAGCGUGCAAAUUGCACUGCGGCUGCUCCGGUCAGUGCAGUGCCUAAAGGACUGUUUUAUUUUUGGAUAUUACUUGGACAGCAGAUGAUCCUAUUGCCA